AUGGCUGCUAAGUUCUGUUCGCAGAAGUUGGAAGAAUAUAAAAACCUUGUCGUUUAUCAUGGCGCAUUCAUGACAACAAUUUGUAUUUUAAAUGUAACAUUUUCCAUUGUGACAGUUAUCGCGAACAUCUUUGUUAUCCGUGCCUUGUGGAAAGCUUCGUCGAUUCCUGGCAAUUUAAGGAGAUUAUUCAUGAGUCUCGCUGUCUCUGAUCUCUGUGUUGCUUUGAUUCCUCAACUCACAUUUGGUAUUGUCGUGGCAGUGAUGUUAAAGAGGUCAGGAAGUGGAAACUACGACUUCGGCUUCUUCUGCCCGACAAUUUUAUCCAUUCGACACUUCUUUAUCGUUCUUCUCAUUGCUGCAUCUUUCUUCACCGUAACAGCCAUUGCUACAGACAGACUUCUAGCCAUUUGUCUCCAUCUCCGAUAUCAAGAACUGGUCACGUCAACACGAGUUUCCAUUGCCUUAAUUUGCUUGUGGUUUUCAAGUGGCAUCGCUGCCUCUAUAUUUGUUGCAUUUCCGGGGAAAGGAAUCAUCCUGAUUGUGAUUGCAUUUGUUGGAUUUACCAUAACAACUAUAGCUUACUGUCGUAUUUACAAAGUUGUACGGUAUCACCGUAUCCAAAUAUAUGCUUGCCAAAACAGACCAGCAGACGCCACUCGUGGUAGUCAUGUUACAAUGGUGACCUUUCUUCGAGAGGCAAAAUCUACCAUUAAUUCUUUCUUUGUUUAUGUUAUUUUUGUCGUGUGUUACGUUCCCUAUUUAUGCACUAUAUUUAUGUUGAUCACAGACAGAUUUCGACUUUCGUUUUUGGUAGCUAAUUAUACAUCCUUUUUCUUGAUGCUUUUAAACUCUUUUUUAAACCCUCUUGUUUAUUGCUGGAGAUAUCGCGAAGUCCGUCAAAUUGUAAUAGGGAUGGUAAAGAAGAUGUUUUGCCGCUAACCAACAUAGCACCAAGAAAAGUUAUUAUUCAACUCACUUUUACAAACAUAUGUAAUAUACUUCUCAAAAUGGUUAAUUGAAGUUUCUAAUCGUUCGCGGUGAUGAACAGCAAGCUGGUGAUCCUGUUGCCCUCCAAAAAUAACAAAAAUAUAUGAAGGAUACGCAAAGUUGAAAAGAAUGGCAGUUAUUUGUUUUUUCUUUGUCACAAUGAGUAAUUAAAUGUAAGAGGUUACAAACCACAGUUUAUGAUCACUUGGUAAAAUAUUUGUUCAUUCACAUUAUCGUAUGAAACCUCAGUAUUAUAUAGAAUUUAAAAUUGGUGACGUGUUUUUAAAUAAAUAAGAAGUCUAAUUGUAGUUUAAUUAUCUGUUUCCAAGCUGUUCCAGUUUUUCUUGAAUCUGACUAGAAAAGUGUGUCCCCUUUUGUCGAGUGUUGAAACAUAGCUAGGCAAUAGGGACUUAGUUUACUGAAACAUAUGAUUCUAACGUGAACAUCAAAGUUAAGUUGAAGUAAAGAUUUCAGGUAUCAGUAGCCUCUUAGAUAAAGAUCUUAAGCUUCUUGAUGGUCUGUGGUGUUACAACAUUUCUGUUAUGUAAAAAAAAAAAUGCGAAUCCAUAUCAGGGUAAUGAGUUCCAGCCAGAGAAAAUAACGUUCCUUAAUUUUCCUCAUCUUUAGAAAGGCUUUCAAGAUAACCCAAAAUGUUAGACUGAUGGCUGCCAAGUUUUGCAUAUGCCAGUUAUGUGCAUUGCUUUUAUCUACUUGUUUUCCGCUUCAACCACAAGGAUGUUUCUACGGCCAAAAUUUUGCGCUGCAAACGCUCAGCUGAAAGUGAAGAGAGACCAAAGAAAAACAAAUAAAUCUGAAAUACCUCGUUUAUCAUAAUUUUGAGGUUUUCUAUGAUUUAAAGUCGAGGGUGAAAUGUUUCUUGCCCCGAACACCAUGAUUUGCAAAAUAUGCAAAGCUUAAGUAACCAUCGAUUGAAUCAACCAUUUGCGUCAAAGGCAUUGAUAAUGAAUUGACAGUACUUGAUUAGAUCCGAACACAAGCUGUGCGUUUGGCUAUUAUUUCAAAGUAAGUUGAAAGCUUUUUGCGGGUAUAUCUAAUUCUUUUGGGCCGCGAACAGAAUGCACUCAUCCACGAGAACCAUGGAUUAAUUAACGAUGUGCACACUUACGAUUAUUUACCGGGUAUUUUCAGAUCAACUAAGAUCAACUUCUACUUUGCCUCAAGCCUUGUUAAAACAUUAAUGAAAGGAUUUCUGAUCCGGAAAAUGUGCCUUAACGACGUAUAAUUGUGGCCAGCGUGACAUCGGCUAUCGUGAUAACAAACUUUGCCCGAUCGCUUCUGAAUUGAUAAAAACUACUCCAUCUUGUUCGAAUUUGGCAGCUACUCGAAGCCAGUUAUUUUCCAUCCUUCUCCGCGGAUUUCUGGAAGUGUGAAAUACGAAAAGUCCCGGAGUUUAGUGCGGGGUGUUAGCAUCAAUUUUUUUUCGCUGAUGUUUUCUUUCUCGCGCGUCAGACUUUGCCAAAAAGGAAGGCUGUUCGUGAUCUACAUAUUGAAGGGAAGUAUAACUUUAAUUGAUACAUGCGAUAUUUAUGUCAUCGCCAAAAUUUGCAUACUAUAGCGUGUUAAAAUUGCUGUAUUAGGUAAUGAAUUCAGAACUGUUCAAGUUUUCAAGACAGCUUUGAGUUUUAUUUACCAGCGUCCUUACAACACACUCACGAUCAUGAACCCAAUGACAGUCAGAAAUCAUACAUCUAGGACAUUUGUUGAACUAAGAUCUCCAGUGGCUUAAAUUUGUUUGAUUCUCUGCGAAACUAAAACAUAUAGUUUUGGAUUUGAUAACCUGCCAAGUUAGUAAAACGCUGGUUUGAUGCAGUCGAAAGUGAAAUUAUCAUAAAAUAAAAAUAGAGUUCAGGGCAAGAAAACGGUCAUUGCUGUCCCGAUCCAUAUCUCAAAUACUUGUAUUUUCCAUGACCGAUCAUUUACAGUUGUGAACUUCCUCUAAGCAUAACAGACGUUCUUCCUCCCACCUGCAAGCUGGACACAUGUGUACGAUUGUCAUUGUCAUUGUCACCCAGUGGAUGGAAACAAAUACUGGAUGAUAUUAAAUUUUUAAUCACUUGCUGUAGGACAAGAAGAAGUAUAUAUUAAAUUUGUUUGUUUGUUUUCUUUUUACGAAAUUUUCGUUUCGUAUUCACUAUCAUCAUGGCUGCCGAGUUCUGCAUUCAGAAAGUGGAAGAAUACAGAAAGCUCAUUCGUCAUAAUGAGACAUUCAUGUUGGUUUUUUGUGUUUUAAACUUAAUAUUUCCACUUGUGGCAGUUCUUGGGAAUCUCCUUGUUAUCCGUGCCUUGUGGAAAUCAUCGUCGAUUCCAGCUAAAUUAAGAAAGUUAUUCUUGAGUCUCGCUGUCUCUGAUCUCGCUGUUGGUUUGCUGGCUCAAUUAAUGUUCGGUGUAAUUAACGCUGUUAUGUUAAAGAUGGCGGAAGAUGGAAAUUAUGACAUCAGUUUCCUCUGUCCAACGAUUUCAAACGCACGUUUUUUCUGGUUACUUUUCCUAACUUCUGCGUCGUUUUUGACAAUAUCCGGCAUUGCAGUGGAUAGACUUCUCGCCAUUUCUCUCCAUCUCCGAUAUCAGGAGCUAGUAACUUCAAGAAAGAUUGUUUUGGCUUUGGCCACGUCAUGGUUGGCUAGUGCUGUCACGGCUUCUACAUUUGUCGUCCUUCCUGAAAAGAAUACUCUUGUUGUCAUCGUUGUAGGUUUUGUUGGAUUUGUCGUAACAACAGCGGCGUACAUACGCAUUUAUAAAGUUGUGAGGUAUCACCGGGCUCAAUUGCAGGCUCAGAGAGGAAGGUCAGAAGUUAAUUCAAUAGCCUUUCUCCGAGAGGGAAAGUCGGCCCUGAAUACUUUAUACGUCUAUAUAGUUUACUUCGUUUGUUAUUUCCCCUAUUUGUGUACUUUAGCCAUUUUGACAACAGAUAAUCUCAAUAUGUCAUUUAUACUCGCGAACCAUGUUUCGUUUUUCUUGACUCUUCUGAACUCUUCAUUAAACCCUUUGGUUUACUGCUGGCGAUAUCGGGAGAUUCGGGAAAGUGUU